GCUUCCUCCUGCGCGGCCGGUUAAAUAUUAACACGGCGAUAGGCGCCUUGGGGCGGGGGUAAGGCAGCCCUUACCUCACCGCGCCACGGGGACAGUGUCAGGGCUGGCUUGUGCCCCGCGGCCCGGCAGCCGGGUGCUCCCUCCCCGCAGCGCCUCGGGCAGCCGCCCCGCCGCCGGGGGGAGGUUUCCUUGGGGCGAGAAGGCGCGGGCUGGCCGGGGCUCCUCGCUUGAACGCCGCCGGCCUCCUCCUGCGCCUGCCGGGCCGAGGGUGCGAGCAGGGCCCGUCGCCAAAAGGAAAGCAGUGGGAGACACCUCUCGGCGCCUGGGGAAGAGAUCCAGGUCACAUAACGUCACAUUUUAUCACAGGACGCAAAGCAGCAGCUCAGCGAGUUUUUUGAUAAGUUCUGCCCUUCAGCUACUUCUCAAGUAUGCAGUGAUCGCUGGUGGCUUUCUGCCUUAGGGACCAGGAGAGAAUGCUCCAAUGGAGAGGUUCCAGAAAUUAAUUUUACUUCCUCUCAUCUUAACUACCUUGCUACCAGGUCUUGGCUUUUGUUACUCUAUUAUAAAUGGCCCCACUAAUGCAACAGUCCUUGCUGGUUCAGAAGCCCGAUUUAAUUGCACUGUGUCAGUAGGAUGGGUAAUUCUCAUUUGGCUGGCCAAUGGAAAUCCUGUCCUCACUGUCCUCAGUUCUCAAGGAGCUGUUGAAACAUCAGACCGCUUCACCUCUCAAAAUUAUACUAGUAGCAAUGGAUUUACCUCGGAGCUGAUCAUCCACAACACCCAGCUGAGUGACUCUGGAAAAAUUGAAUGCAGUACCCAGCAACCUAGUGAGAGCAGAUUUGCAUUUCUUUCUGUUCAAGUUAAUGGAUCUUUAUUCAUCAAAAAUAGCACCUUAACAAUAAAAGAGAAUGAAACAGUUGAAAUUGUUUGUGAAGCCUUAGGAUGGGCUCCAGCUCCAGACAUUACCUGGAUGACAAAUGACUCUUUCAUUGAUAAGUCGAGGUAUGUUACCCAGCAAAGUCAAGGAUCUAAUGGCCUCCACAAUGCCCUGAGCAUCCUAACUUUGACUCCGAUGGACACUGAGAUUUUGACUUGUUUAGCUGACAUAGAAGCACUCCCUAACCCUCAGAAUGCAACAGUAACUGUUAUUUUUGUCAACUCUACUAUAGAAAAUUAUUACAGUGAAGACAGCAGAAGCACGUGGGUUAUUGUACUUGCAGUUGUGCUUUCACUUGUUGGUAUUAUUCUUCUGAUCAUUAUUAUUGCUGUUGUUGUACGUUGCUGCUGCCUAAAGAAGAAAGGAUCAACAUAUCAAAAUGAAAUAAGAAAAGUUUCAGCUGAGAAGAAAAAAAAUGGUGAUUCGGAAAACAGUCAAAGGCAUGGUAGCGAAAAUCAGGGAUACAUUCCAGAGGAACGGUGGAACACAGAACAAAGCCCAAGAAUUACUUCUCUUCCCCCAAUGUCUUCAAAGUUCACUGUCCCUACUGCAGAUUUACAUACCAGUUCUGUACCAAAGGUGCGACCUCAAAGACGUACUGAUUAUCUGAUCAACCCAAAGAAAAUUAGAAAUGUGACACUUGUUUAGGAUGCACUUCUCCAGGAAAUUUCUGUAUCGAUCAGUUGCAUUUUGCACAUUUGGAUGGCUUCCUGCAACGGUUCUGUCAGUUUAAGCUAUUUUUCUUUUUUUCCUCAUGUGAUGAAAUAAUAUUGCAACCUUUAUAAUGUAACAUAUGAUAUUUCAGCAAAAUAAUGGACAUAAAUGACAGCCUUAAUUUCAGAGACAGGGAAUCUGAUGGAACUCUACAAGAACAAGAAUCCAUGCUUUGGGUCCAAAGGAAAUCAACAAAAUUCCUAUCAGACAGAAAUGUUCGGUUAUUCACAGCAAGAUCAAGGAUGGGAACUGCGAAACAUUUAUUAAUUCAGAAGAACUGGUUAAUAAUACUACUGGUUAAUACAACAUCUACUGCUAUUUUUAUGUACUUUAUGUACAGCUGAUCAUCUUCAGCUUACAGAUCAACAAUUUUCGAUUUCUGUUCUGUAAUAAAAUCAAGGGAAGUUUUCAUGAGAGCUAUUUCAAAAUGUCUAAAAAACCCUAUCUUUGGAUCAAAGAUGAAUUUUUUUCAUUUCAAUGCAUCCUUUUCUUAAAGGUAUUUUUCUUAAAUCUGAUGUUCCGGUUUUAAAUAAAAAAAUGUCACCCACACGGCAAAAA